UUCUUCUUUUCUCUUUGCUGUUGAGAAAUCUGCUGAGAAUGGAUCUGUUUACAUUCAAUUCAAAAUCUAACUUCAUCUUUAUUGACCAUAUUGACAUUUCUUUUCUUUUUCAUCAAGUUACCCUACCGAACAGGACCACACACAUGACAUGCACGUCAAAUGGUGGAACAAAAUAAGGAGUGUGUCAUCCAAAUCAGCAAAUUUCAAUUUUCUCUUGUGAUAUCAGGAAUUACAAAGAUUUUACAGAGGGUCAAUGAAUCAAGAACACAUGAUCCUGACUAUGAGAAAAAUUAUUAUGAAUCAUUGCUAAUUGUAUUAGACACUUUAGAGAAAUGCCUAAGUGGCCAACCAAAAGAUACAACAAGAUUUGAUGAAGCCAUGAAUGUUAAACUGUUACUGCGAGAAAUCUGCCAAUUUAUUGAUUUGCCAAAUGAAAAUCCAUUGGUUAACCAGCUUAAAGCUCUAGCUUCAAAAUAUUUAUUUGCUCUCAGUCUCAACAAUUUCAAUGUUGUUUUCAGUCGGAUAUCAUCAAGACUGCAAGAAUUAAGUUCAUCCAACGAAGAGAAUCCUGACUUAAGUGACAUCGAACUCAUUCAAUAUAUAAAUGCAAGCCAUUUUCCCGUUGUGUCAAGCCCACUGUUUCGUGUCUUGUUUUCGCAUAAAUCCCCACAACAACAAAGCUCUUAAAGUAUGCCUCAAUCCACAUUCGCCACCAACUUUUCACUAUGUCCUUGUUGCUUCCCUCUACAGAAUUAUCACACAACCACUCUUUCAUCCAUCAUGGACAUAUGUGCAGUUAUGCCAG